AAAGCCAGGAGAGGAUUGGAAAGUCAAAAGUGGGAAGUCAAGUAACUCAAACUCCUACUCAGUGCAGUGAUAUCAAAAGCAGACCACAGCGUUGCAUUCCUUUAGUUUCUCUUUUGUACGAAGAUGGACUAAACCAAUCACUCAUUAAAGUUCUGCCUGACAGCUCUAAGUAUGUUGUGAUAUCCCUGGAUACAAGGAAAAAAAGAUGGAAAAGAAUGGAAGGAGAUUGGAGGGACCUUUGCUUCUUUUUCUGGUCCAAAUUCCUUCCGAGUGAGAGAAAACUGGAACCCCCCCGUGUAGACUUACUUCCUGCAACGGGGAGUUGAGUCAGAGAAGAUUUCUUGGCAUUCAAAGAACCUCUUGAUUCAGGAUGUCACAGACUUCAAUUUAACUUCAUUGCCAUGUCCAAUCCUGAUCAAGAACCAUCCUCAUAUUCAGCUCUUGGCUAUCUAGAUGAUCAAUUAUUCCUUCAUUAUGACAGUAAGAACCAACUAGAGCUUCGGAACACUUCAUUAGAGAUGAAUGCAAAAUGCAAUGUUACACAAAGAGACAUUUGGAAGAAAGAGACUGAGAAUCUGAAGGAGAUGAGAUGGAAACUCAGAACAACUCUGGCAAAAGUCAUACAACAAAACCAACAAAACACUAGCUCUCACACCCUGCAGGUAAUACUUGGCUGUGACCUCCAUAAAAAUGGCAAGACUAGAGGAUUUUUGAAAUAUGGCUAUGAUGGAGAAAACUUCCUCACCUUCCAACUGGAGACACUCACGUGGAAAGCAGACCAUCCUGCUGCUAUCAGCAUAAAGAAUGACUUUGACACAGAUUUAAUAGAAACAAAGCUCAAUAAAGCAAAAGUGGAACAAGAAUGUCCUAAUCAACUUCAGGCUUAUCUGACAGUUUGGAAGGAGAAAAAAGCAUCCCCUUCACUGCAUGUGAGAAAAAAGCAGAAUCAAGAGGGGAAGAACACUCUGACGUGUUGUGCUUACAACUUUUUUCCUGGGGAAAUUAAAAUGACCUGGCUGAAGGAUGGACAAGCACUGAGUCAAAAGGACCAGGAAGAAGGAAUCUUGAGGCCUAGUGGGGAUGGCACCUACCAGACUUGGAUAUCUAUAGACACUAACCCUGAAGAGUUGAAUUACACAUGCCAUGUGGAACAUCAAGGAAUGAACCAAACCCAGGCUGCACCUUCAGGUCCUGUUCCAAAGGCACACCAGAAGUGGGUUAUUCCAGUUGUUAUUGCUGCUAUUAUUGCUGUUGCUGUUUUUGCUGUCUCUGUUGUAAGAAGAUGCAGAGGGUGAAGGAGUUCAGACAUGAUGAGUCAUGUGUUAAAAGAGUUUUUUAAAUCUCUCCCUCUGUCUCUUUAAGAGGUAAGGUAGCAGAAAUAUUUCUCAAUAAGAGCCCUUAACUGAUGGGCUUCUGUGUAAGAGCUAUGAAGAUUCCAUUACCUAGGAAACAAGGAUCUCAUUUAAGAAAAAGAACUCUUUGAGUCUCUGGAAUCCUAUGGAGCAGGGUAUCUGUUUCUGCUCACACUGGCAGUUUUUACUGUUAAGAGUUUGGGUCGAGAAACUGAUUUAAGGAGGUUGGAGGAGAAAAGGAUUUAUUGAUUAGCUUAGAUAGGUAGCUAGAUAGUGAAUAUAAUUUUAGAUAGAGAGUAUAGAGGAGUUAGAAGAAGAACACAUAGAACCUUCCCAAGAAGGCAGUUAGGUUUAGGGUUUCUUAGAAAUUUUAGUAUAGGAGGUCAUCUAGGUAGCUCAGUGGA